GGCAACAGUAAUCGCAAUUAUACGCGAAACGAUUAAGAUUAUUCCAAUUCAGUCGUAUUCCCCAACCACCUCUCGUCAUUUCCUCUGAUUCUUCUCCCAUCAAUUCAAAUUCUGAAUCUUCCAACUAAAUUAUUCCAAUAAUUCGGCCCCCUCCGUUUGUCUUGUACCUCCUCCAAUCUUGUUCUUCUUCUUCGCCGGCGUUUUGGCCUCACUCCCUUGUCACUCAUGUCUAGGGUUUUAUAGCCAACAAAAGCCCCAAUCACUGGAAUCAGAACUCCAGACUAUGGCUCCCCCUCGCGACGAAGAGACCCCUCUCGUCGCCGCCGCCGCCGAAGACGACUCGCCGGCCGAGAAGGGGAGGAGUCACACCAGAGAUGUCCAUAUUCUCAGCUCCGCGUUUCUGCUGGUCUUCCUCGCUUACGGUGCAGCUCAGAAUCUGGAGAGCACUGUCAAUAACGUGGGGGAUUUGGGAACGACGUCGCUUGGGAUAUUGUAUUUGUCGUUCACGUUUUUCUCUCUGGUGGCGUCUCCGGUGGUUAGGAAGCUGGGACCAAAGAAUGCUUUGAUUCUUGGGACGAGUGGAUAUUGGUUGUUUAUUGCUGCUAAUUUGAAGCCUACUUGGUAUACUAUGGUUCCAGCUGCAUUGUACAUGGGUUUUGCUGCUUCCAUAAUAUGGGUUGGGCAGGGGACAUAUUUGACUUCUACUGCGCGUAGUCAUGCCAAAGAUAACAGUUUACAUGAAGGAACUGUUAUUGGCCAGUUCAAUGGAGAAUUUUGGGGGAUGUUUGCUUGUCACCAGUUUGUGGGAAAUCUUAUAUCUCUCGCCUUGCUAAGUGAUGGAACAGGGGGGAGUACUAAUGGCACAACCUUAUUAUUCAGUGUGUUUCUUGUCAGUAUGACCUUAGGUACCAUACUGAUGUGCUUCUUGAAUAAAAGGGGUAUUAAAGAAGAGGAGGACUCCCAAGGUCCUUCUCUCACCUUUUAUGCUUCUGUGGUAUCUUUGUCGAAGACAGUCAUUAGACCUUUGUAUGAUGUGAGGAUGCUAUUGAUCAUCCCCCUUAUGGCGUAUUCAGGAUUGCAACAAGCAUUUGUAUGGGCUGAUUAUACUGCGUAUAUUGUUAGUCCAACACUUGGUGUGUCUGGUGUUGGUGGUGCUAUGGCAGUUUAUGGGGCAUGUGAUGCAAUAUGUUCACUGGCUGCUGGUCGAUUUACAUCUGGUCUCAAGUCCAUCACUAUUAUAGUUUCUGCUGGAGUUUUGAUCCAAACCAUUAUAUUCCUCUGGCUUCUUCUAAUAUACAGUCCAGUGAGCGGGGUACUUGGCACUGUAUACCCUCUUAUAAUGGCAGCUGCCUUGGGCAUUGGUGAUGGAGUCUUAAAUACACAGCUCAGUGCUUUGCUUGCGAUAUACUUCAAGCAUGAUACUGAAGGAGCAUUUGCACAGCUCAAGGUCUGGCAGAGUGGUACAAUUGCAGCUGUAUUCUUUUGUAGUGCUUACAUCUCAUUACAGGCAAUGCUGGUGGUUAUGCUUGUUACAAUCUCCAUUGCAUAUGGUGGCUUUAUUUUUCUCUCUCUUCGAGAGAAAGCCCUCUCCCAUUCAAGUUCAUAAUGUGUAUAGAGUGAAGAGUUGUGCAAGAAAAACAGCUUGUGUAUGCAAGCAGGUAUUGUUGUUGAUUGUUGCCGUCCCUAUAUUCGGAAAUCUAUUGUGUGCAGCAUUUUUAUCUGCUUCAACACAUAAUCGCAAAGUUUGAAGAUUGCUUGUCCCAAAAGCUUGCAUC